AGCUGCCGAUCCUCGUGCGCGUGAACACCGGAAGUGAGGUUUCUUCGCGAUCAUUGUGUUGUGAUUAUUAGCGGCUUCUGUUUUAGCAUUCUCAUCGUAAACAUGAUUUUGUCGAUAAUUUGAUAUUAUUACUCCGAAUGUAAUAGCGCAGCGCUUUAGUGCGCACAUUUAUAUCCGCGGAGGAGAAUCACGGAUCUUCCGUCAUCAGCCGCGGAGUAAAAUCACACCGAUACAGAUCAACACACAGAAGACAACAAAUAGAGUGAUAUUAUAGAGUUCAACUCGAUUAUUAGUGUCGAAAUGAGUUUAGCGAACAGCAGAGAACAGCGGAGCACCGCGGGAAACCGCAUGUCCAAACUACUGGACGCUGAAGAAGAAGAUGAGUUUUACAAGACCACUUAUGGAGGAUUCAAUGACGAAUCUGGUGAUGAUGAGUACAGAGGUGAUCACUCAGACACUGAAGACGAGGUGGACAGUGAUUUUGACAUUGAUGAAGGAGACGAACCCGACAGCGACCAGGAAGACGACGCUCCGCGCAGAAAGAGCCGCGUCGUCACUAAAGCGUACAAGGAGCCGCUGAAGGUGUCGAAGCCCAAAGUGAAGCGAGUUUCAGAAGAAUUAAAGACCGAACGGCCCAAAGUCGAAAGACGCACCAUUCAAGAGCUGCAGGACUUUGGAGAAAGUGAGACAUUCCGUAAGUCGGUGCGUAAGUCCACGAGCGAGCACACGCGUCAGACGAACGAGCGUCUGCAGGAGCGUCAGCUGGAGGCGCCGCGCAAGAGGAAAGGCGCUCUGAGCGAGCGUGUGCUGACGCAGGACGAGCUGCUCGCCGAGGCCAAACUCACCGCCGAGAUCAACCUGCGAUCGCUGGAAAACUACGAGCGUUUAGAGGCUGAUAAGAAGAAGCAGGUUCAUAAGAAGAGACGCUUUGAAGGGCCGACCAUUCGCUAUCAUUCGGUGCUGAUGCCGCUGGUCCCAGACGCGCACAUGAAGGAGGAGAACGUGGAUGUGGAAGGUCUGGACCAGGACACGCCCCAAGCCACGCCCACAUCCUCAUCCUCUGCGCAGGGGGCGGGGUCUCUGUGCUCUCGCACUUACAUCACCUUCAGCGACGAUGAGGCGUUUACCUCCGCUUUCCCGCCGCCAGCUCGCUCUAGCCCCGCCCAGCCCGUUCAGGAGGUGUGUCCCGUUACCCACAAACCCGCGCUGUAUCGUGACCCUGUGACCGACAUCCCGUACGCCAACGCCCGAGCCUUCCGCAUCAUCCGCGAGGCUUACCAGAAAUACAUCGCGGCGCACGGUUUUCCCAACGCUUCCGGAAACUUCAGCGGAAACAGUGACGUCAGCGAUUCGCCGGCAACAGCCGCCAAGAGCACACGACCGAAAGCAGUCGUCAAACAGACCGUAGUCGCCACCUAGACGCAAUCACACGUGUCCCAAUGACUGCUUUUUUUUUUAUAUUCACUUCACUCAGGUUUGACUCCGUUAGAGGAAUUUGUUUGAUAAAUUCAGCUACAUUUCAGAAUGAACACUUUACAGUAAGGUUUUAUUUGUCGUUCGUUAAUGUUACACAGUGUUGAACAAUACUUCCAUUGCAUUUCUUUCUUAGAUUGUUAAUUUCAUGCAUAGAUUAAUAAAUGCUAGAAAUGCAUACAUUAUAUGUCUAUUAAAUAAUGUGAACAAAUGAGAUCAUAUUGUAAAGUGUGUCUGUACAGGUGUCAACUGAAUCACAUUGAGUGAUUCAAAGCUUCACUAACUGAGUGAUUCUGAACGACUCUGAUGGAGAACUGAUUCAGCUUGGAUCACCAGCACUGGCUCCCAACUGUUCAUUUUCUGAUUUCUCCUUUUGUAUUUUUCUAGGUUUUUCAGUCCAAAAAUGGCAAUAAAGAACUCAAGUGUGUUUAUCUCUUA